UGGAGGUUUUCUACAAUGGAUCCUGGGGUAAUGUGUGCUGGAACCAGAUGGACAGAGACACAGUGAGUCUGAUCUGUCAAGAGCUGAACUGUGGAAGAUCUGGUGUUUUGUCUGAAUCUGCAGCAAGAGUGAAAUCAGCUCCUAACUGGCUGGAUAAAGUUACAUGUCGACCAUAUGAUUUUACUUUAUGGCGGUGUCCAUCUUCACCCUGGGGACAGAAUUACUGUGGUGAAGAUGAAGUGGCCAAAAUCACCUGUUCAGAGGAGGAGACUAGUGAUUCGCCUCAGAGUCAUCUGACAUGUUUUACCUCACCAUCUCCUUACCAGAGACAGUGUGCAAAUCAUGUUCCUCUCAGACUGAGUGGAGGGGACGGCCGGUCUCUCUCUAAGAGGAGACACAGGAUGAAGACUGAGGCCGUUUAUGAGGAGAUUCAGCACAGACACAAUCACUUCACUCAGAGGGGGAGUCUCAUCUCUGAAGAACUGCAUUCUGGGUAUGAAGAUGCUGAUGAGCUUUUCUCAGAAGAGAUGAAGCAAAUCACACCGGGAUACUAUGAUGAUGUCAUCACUGAUGGACUCAAAACAGAUCGUGAGACAGUGGACACACUAGAUCGUUAUGAUGAUGUCAUCAUUAUUGGACAGAACUUUCAAGGUGUAACUAAGGGAGAUCAGGAGGAGUAUGAUGAUGUGAAGAACAGCAAUGAAGAUGAGAGAAACCUGUUAGACUAUGAUGAUGUGGGGGAGGAGUCAAAUAAAGAAGGAGGGGCCAUAUGACUCAAUGGCCUCCGUUUAUGAAAUCAUAUUACAGUUACUGGAGCUGCUGGGAGCUUCUUAUAUUGCUACUGAUGCAUCAGUGCCUUAUGUUUUUGUUAUUUUAAAUAUUUUGGUAUGAAAAGUAAGAUGCUUUGCAAAAUUAAUUGUCAAAAAAUUUAAAUAUUUGUAUUUUAGCAUUUGGUCUUUUAUUACCAUUUUGAUAUCAAUGCUUUUCACCUAAUAAACAAAAGAUAUCAUUCCAACAUCAUGUCAC